AUGGCAACUCCAUCAGAUGAAGCCGCAUUGCUAGAGUUCUGUCGCAAGAGAGUUAAAAGUUUCGCCGAAUCCAAGUACAACACCAACAAAUAUUUUUCAGGAAAGGAAAAUCCUGCCUUCAGAAGAGCGGCUGUUUUAGUCCCAAUUUUCGUUAAAGAAGGAGCUCUGCACUUUCUCCUUACUCUACGAUCAGAGGAGCUUCCUACAUUCAAAGGACAGGUAGCUUUUCCUGGUGGGAAACAAGAAGAUAGUGACAAAGAUGUUGUAGAAACAGCUUUGAGAGAAGCCAAAGAAGAAGUAGGCUUAUCCCCAGAGAUUGUUGAAGUAGUGGCUGUACUAUGUCCUUUAGUUACGAGAAACAAGAAACUGCAUGCAUAUGUCUAUCCUGUCAUUGGUAUCAUAAAGUCAAGCUUUGAACUAGUUAUUAACACCUCGGAGGUCCAGACCACAUUCGACGUACCUUUGAAUUUUUUUCUUUAUAAGGCCACUCACAGAAAAGGUACAAUGACUUUCAUGGAGAAAGAAAUAGACAUCACCUUUUUUGACUAUGAAACAGAUGCUGGAGAUCAAACCAAGCCUGUGAAUUUUGUUAUUUGGGGUUUAACAGCUACAAUUUGUUUGAAAGUCUCUGUAGCAGCAUUAAAUAAGCUACCUGAGUAUCAACUUGGUGAAUACUAUCCAGAUUUGGAAAAAUAUAUUAAGCAGGUGAAUUCUCAACAGGGCAAAAUUAAGUGUUUGAGUAAGGUAUAA